AUGGGCAUGAAUCAUAUCGCAACUUGCAUUCCUAACAGACACACUAGGAUCAAGGGCAUUCGCGCCCGAUUGUAUCCUGCCAACAGUGUGUCUCCCAAAGCCAUUAAAGCGCAGUUCAGAGAAGACGCUCGACAGCCAUCCAUCGACCGCUUUGUCUUCGCCGGGGAUCUCCUUUCAGAGCCCCGAAUUCAGCCCUACAUACACGACAUUGCGUUGACCGUUCGUUACUGUGGAAAGUCGUUCACAUUCUUGGUAUUCUUCAAGAGGCACAAGUUGCUUCCGCCGAACCAAUCCAUCCAGAACUUGCAAGGAGGACACAUGCGCGGCGAUGUCCUUGUCGUUGCUUGUGGCAAACGGGUCCCGAUUAGAAACUUGCGCAGUGGAUUAGAAGAUCGAGCAGCAGACAGAGCCAUUAAGAGGCUUACGGAAGCUUUGAAUCCAAUCGAGACCCGGCGUCGGUUCCCUUCUACGAUAUCCUUCACAUAG